AAUUUAAACAAACAAAUAAAAAUAAGUAAUCUUCAACCUAAUUACUUUGUUUAAAUCGUUUAUUUUCAGUGUACUAUUUAAACACUUCAAUUCCACAUUUAAAAUGUAUCCACUAUAAUCUCAUUUUCUUUGAAAAGCAUUGAACCAAAAAAAAUAUUCAGGGCCUCAAGGACUCCCCAAGCCACACCCACUUUCUCACUCACCCAAUCAGCACCAUUUCCAUUUAGCAUUUUAUUGCCACUGAUACGGUCUCUUGGCAACGGGCAUCAGCAAACCAGUGUGCUAGUAAAUCAGUUGGCAGUGUUUGUUGAGCGUCAGUCCUGCUGAUCACCAUGUGCUUCUAGUGAUUAGCACUGCUUCACACACACACACACAUCAGAUAAAGCACAAUUAAUACGGCUCGGGCAGGGGGGUGCGCAGGGGCUUUGUGGGUGCGGGACAGAAACACACUGGUGCUAGACAGACAAUGGAAGCAGCUUUAAUUCAAAGCCGAGGAUGAUUUUUGUGACUUGUUUUGGAGCUGAGAGGAUAUCCUGAAAUUUCUUGCACACACUGAGUCUCAUCCCUGAAGCAGUGGAGAAGCUGAUGUGUAUAAGUGUGUCUGUGUGUGACAUCUUCAUGGAGGGUGUGAGAGACGUCAACAAAGGGUGUUACUAUUCAUGCUGGAAGGAUUUAUAGUCCUGUCAUACAGUAUGUGGAUCUGUGGGAUCUUUGACUUGUAAUCGUCACUGUGAGUGGAGUGUGAUGGUGCAACCACGUGCAUCUCAGUGUGUUUUCCACCGGCUUUAGCAGGGAUGUGAUUGGCGAAAUCUCUAAACUCGGGAGAAUGUUGAAGCUCAAGACUUUUUGUUUGGAUUACUGGCAAUUCCUUUGCUUGCAGCCGCUCAAUGGCUUCUAUAAAAGUGUGGAAGGUGAGGCUCCGGGCGGCGAGUCGGGCCCCUCUCUGGACAAUAGUGGAGGUUACUUACGAGGACCGGUGAGCCGCAGUGCUAUCAUCAGUGGCGAGCACUUUGACGGCCCACCGUUGUACGCUCACGAGGUACGGCAGCGCCCACGGAGACCCAAACUCCAGCAUUCUCAGUCCAUUCUCCGCAAACAGGCUGAGGAGGAGGCCAUCAAACGCUCCCGAUCGCUGUCUGAGAGCUAUGAGCUCUCCACCGACCUCCAAGACAAACAGGUGGAGAUGCUUGAGCGGAAGUAUGGAGGGCGUUUUAUAACCCGACAUGCUGCACGAACAAUCCAGACUGCAUUCCGCCAGUAUCAGAUGAACAAGAACUUUGAGCGCCUCCGGAGUUCUAUGUCAGAAAACCGCAUGUCCAGACGUAUAGUUUUAUCCAAUAUGAGAAUGCAGUUUUCAUUUGAAGGACCUGAAAAAGUCCACAGUUCAUACUUUGAGGGCAAGCAGGUGUCACUUACGGAUGAUGGGUCUAAACUAGGAGCAUUGGUACAAUCUGAGCGCGGUGAGAUGGUCCCCGCCAACAUGAAGUCACCUGCGGUCCAGAGCGAUUUCACAGACGCCAUUACAGAACUGGAGGAUGUUUUCUCUCGACAAGUGAAGUCAUUGGCAGAAUCGAUAGACGAUGCACUGAACUGUCGUAGCCUACACGGAGACGAGGGACAGUCAGAAGCAACCAGAGGUCAUCCAGACUUGGAGCAAGAGGUUACCUACCAGGUCAAGCCUUCCCACGGUAGCGAGCACCGAAAGCGAGAUGAGAUGACAGCCUCCUACAGCGAUGUGACACUUUAUAUAGAUGAGGAAGAGCUCUCGCCACCUCUUCCUUUAUCACAAUCAGUUGACAGACCCUCUAGCACUGAGUCAGACCUCCGUCUACGUUCUUUGAACUCUUCGCAGGACUACUGGUCUCUAGCUCAUAAGGAUGAAAAGGCCGACACGGACACUAGCUGCCGCAGCACCCCAUCUCUAGAGUGUCAAGAGCAAAGAUUGAGAAUAGACCACCUUCCUCUGCUCACUAUCGAACCUCCGAGUGAUAGCUCUGUUGAGUUGAGUGACCGCUCUGACCGAAGCUCUCUCAAGAGACAGAACGCUUACGAUCGAGGCAUAGCCAGCCAGCAGGGCAGCCCUAAACACAUCCCUUCCCAUGCACUCCCACCAAGGGGGCCAGCAAGAGAGGAUGAAGCUCCACGCCAUCGGCCGCGGCAGCUGGAAAGCCAUCUGGCUAUCAAUGGCACCGCCAACCGGCAAAGCAAAUCCGAGUCUGACUUCUCUGAUGGUGAUAAUGACAGCAUCAACAGCACUUCCAAUUCCAAUGAUACGAUCAACUGCAGUUCGGAGUCCUCUUCCAGGGACAGUCUUCGAGAGCAGACUCUCAGUAAGCAGACGUAUCACAAGGAGACACGAAACAGUUGGGACUCGCCAGCAUUUAGCAAUGAUAUCAUCCGCAAGAGGCACUAUCGAAUUGGCCUGAACCUUUUCAACAAGAAACCUGAAAAAGGCAUCCAGUAUCUGAUUGAGCGAGGAUUUGUCCCAGACACACCUGUGGGAGUUGCCCAUUUCCUGUUACAGAGAAAAGGGUUGAGUCGACAGAUGAUUGGCGAGUUCCUGGGCAACAGGCAGAAACAGUUCAACAGAGAUGUUCUUGACUGUGUGGUAGAUGAGAUGGAUUUCUCUGCAAUGGAGCUGGAUGAAGCCUUGAGAAAAUUCCAGGCACAUAUCCGGGUGCAGGGAGAGGCACAGAAAGUGGAGAGACUAAUUGAAGCCUUCAGUCAGCGCUACUGCAUCUGCAACCCGGGGGUGGUACGGCAGUUUAGGAACCCAGAUACCAUCUUCAUCCUGGCGUUUGCCAUUAUACUCCUCAACACAGAUAUGUACAGCCCGAAUGUGAAGCCAGAGAGGAAGAUGAAACUAGAGGACUUUGUGAAGAACCUUCGCGGAGUGGAUGAUGGAGAGGACAUCCCGAGAGAGAUGUUAGUGGGCAUCUAUGAGCGAAUUCGUAAACGAGAGCUUAAGACGAAUGAAGACCAUGUGUCCCAAGUGCAAAAGGUGGAGAAACUCAUCGUGGGCAAAAAGCCGAUCGGCUCUCUGCAUCAUGGCCUCGGAUGUGUUUUGUCUCUGCCACAUCGCAGACUGGUCUGUUACUGUAGACUGUUUGAAGUCCCGGACCCCAACAAACCUCAAAAACUGGGUCUCCACCAGAGAGAAAUCUUCCUGUUCAAUGACCUUCUAGUGGUCACUAAGAUUUUCCAGAAGAAGAAGAAUUCGGUGACGUACAGUUUCAGGCAGUCCUUUUCUCUCUACGGGAUGCAGGUGCUGCUGUUUGAAAACCAGUAUUACCCCAAUGGAGUGCGUCUCACUUCAGCUCUUCCAGGCGCAGACAUCAAGGUUCUCAUUAACUUCAAUGCCCCAAACCCGCAAGACCGUAAGAAGUUCACUGAUGACCUGCGUGAGUCCAUCGCAGAGGUGCAGGAGAUGGAGAAAUACAGGAUAGAGUCUGAAUUGGAGAAGCAGAAAGGUGUAGUCCGUCCUAGCAUUUCACAGAGCUCAGGGUUGAAAAAAGAAACGGGGAACGGCAAUUUGAGUCGGACCAGUCUGGAUGAUAGCUAUGCCAUGGGGGAAGGCCUGAAGAGAAGUGCCCUCAGCAGCUCCUUACGUGACCUUUCAGAUGCAGGCAAGCGGGGGCGCCGCAGCAGUGCAGGAUCUCUAGACAGCAAUAUGGAAGGGUCCAUCAUUAGCAGCCCCCACAUACGGCGAAGAGCCACUUCCAGCCGCGACUGUCCCUCCCGCCAGCAGUCUAUCCCCAAUUCCUCCUCUCUGCUGGGUUCUCUAUUCGGCACCAAACGAGGCAAAUCUCCCUCCCUGCCAUCCCAGUCGUCCCACCCUUCCCAUCCAACACUCAUCUCUCACACCCCUCACCCUUCUAACCUGCACCACACGGCCCGCGACGGCGUCACCGUCACCGAAACCCAAGCCCAGAUGCACCCGCACCACGCUCAAUUCUGCCACAUGCAGAAUCCCCCUCCGUACCACCACCACCAUCACUACCACCCUCCAGCGCACAUCCAACACCCACCCCACCAGUACCACCCUCCACCCGGCCCCUCAUCCUCUCACAGCCACUCACACAGCCAACACGGCCACGGUCCGCAUCCGUCCCACUCAUCCCACCCGUCCCACUCCCAGCAUGCACCACACCACCACAGCCAGCCUCCAGCGCCUCCACCCGCGGCCAGCAGCACCAAGCCCAAACACAGCGGCAUCAGCACUGUGGUUUGAGCCACUCCACGAACUCUUUCCACUCGGGAAUGGGACUGUUUUAGAUCGUUGCUGCGAACAAAAGGGCACCUUGACUCACGUUUCAACCCAUCCAGCGCCCGUUUCCCACUGGAAGGGGAGCCACACUGUGUAGCACCGGCCUUCAGGGGGGACGGCUAGAACUCAAAUCAUCAGUUCUUACCAAGUCAUCGCUCAAGCUGUAGAGCCCCAGACAAAAACUGCGGCUGCUGCUUCUUUUAGGCUCGAUUUUAGAGACUUUGGACCCUUUCGACGUUGGCGGUGAAGCAAAGAGCAUGCGCAAAAAGACCGUGGCAACUGUUUUCUUGUACUUAAUUACCUAAAAUGCAUUAUCAAAAGUAGCCUGCUUAUUAGUUUGCAGAGACGACAGGGUCUGUCGGAUUCGGUCACAACGAGUGGUGUUCCAGUAUUUAAUGUAGCUGUAGACCACACAUUUCUGUGAUAGAGAUUAGGGGACUAUAACGUGCCAAUUAUUAAAAAGCAGUUGAGUGAGUUAUUCAAAAAAGAAAAGAUUUGCUUUGUGUAUGUCGUGCAUAUAGUAUUUUGUAAAAUAAUGAUAAUAAUAUUAGCAGCUAUUAUUAUUAUUGUUAUAGAACAAAAAUGAUCCGAAGCCUCAGAAUUAAAAAAAGAAAAAGAAAAAAAACAACUCUCAGUAUUCUCUGUGUACUCUCGACGUAGUUUUCCACUCAGUAGGUGGCCGAUUGAUUAAUAUGGAAAUUAUUGGUUGCCUUUGGAGCUGGAAGAUUCUUCCCGAAUCUCCAGCUUGUGUUCGCUCCGCCUCCUUUUUGGGGAUCCACGUAGCGCAAACCAAUCACAGGGACUGUAGGAAGUCAUUGAUGGAUCCUCCACGGCCUCGACUCGUCGGGCCACUGCUGCAACAUGGUUUUAUUUUUUUAACUAUUUUUUUAGAGAUGAAUAAAACAAUAUGAAAUAAUUGUACAUUUGAAGAUGUUUAUGGUAAAGCCGGCGCGCGCGGCGGAGAAGGCUAUUUUGACGUAGCGUUUGUGUCCGGAGAAAUCUGAUGGAAUUCUCUCCCCAUAUUUCAAGAGUUAGUUUGUGCAGAGAUGUUGAUUUUUCUCAGCAGGCUGAGCGUGUGUGCCCUCUCCUGCGUGGAAAUGAUGUAGAUUUGAUACAUUUUUCUUCGGUCCUCCUGUGAGAAUGCCUUUCACUUGCUCAGAAACACAGCUAAUGUAAUGUAAUCUAAUGUAAUGUAACUGCAUAUAAUAUGCAGCAGUGGGUCGGAUGGAUGUGUUCUCGCUCGGAACGGAUUUGGACAUGUUCUUUUUUUUUUCACACAUAUCCCCCUUUCUCGGUUCAAUUUUUGACUUGUUUUAUACUGUAAGUAAAUCAAUGGUGACAGAGCUGUGAUUCGAUGUAAUAGUUUUGUGUGUCGACGCUCUCUUUUAACUCAAGCACAGAGCUUCUGAACAGCACUUGUCUUUGUAAAUAUUCACUUAAUGUACAGAAACCACGGCUGAAAUGAGCUCGUUCUCUAAUACGAGACCCUUGUGGCAUUUGCUGUGCGAUGUUUCUCUUGUUUCUGAUUCCUUUUUGUUUCGUUUUUUAAAUUAAUCAUGUGCAAUAUGUAUGUUUCAGUUUUGUAAAUUCAGAAUUGCGACCAACCUGUUUGUUCGUUUGUCGUUUUUAAUAAUUUCUAAUAUCAUGCAUAAAAAAAAAACAUUUUAUGUUUCUCGCCCCCAUCGCCAUCUUUGUUGGUCUCUGUUUUACCUGCAACCUACAGUCAGGAAUGUCAACUAAAGUACUCUUUGCAUGUAUAGUGUACAAAAUAAUCUCUAGAUAUUGCAUACUUCCAGAGAUAUUAUCAGUGUUACAGUUGACCGUUGUUAAAUGAGUGAUGAUGACGAUGAUGAUGAUCAUAUUAAAAUCUGUAGACUUCUCUUCAUUCAAGACGUCUGUAUCCUGUUUCGUACUGAAAUAGAUUCAAUUAGGACACAUCUGUUUGUUUACCUGGGCUUAAAAAUCAAAUACCGAUCGUCAAAUAGUGUUUAAACCAACGUUAGCCUAAUCGUAAUCAAGCGCCACCAGAGAACAUUAGUAUAAUAAUAGAAGCUUAUGGAUAUUAGAGCAUAAAUCUGUGUCUAUAUCAGACUUCAUAACACCUGGCUUGUUCCCAAGAUACACCGAGGCCAGUAAUUUGUACAGAACACCAUUAAUCAGACUGUGUAUGAUCAUCUGAAGCCAUUUCUGACUAAACAACCAAAUGAGUACGUCUCUUUCUACAUUUUUUUUCUCAACUUUGUGUUGAUUGUUUUUUUUUUUUUUUAAGGAUUUCAGUGCAGUGUUUUUGUAAAUGUAAUGUGGUGCUUCAGCUUUGUACUGUAUCGGACAAGUCAAAAUGUCACAAAGCUUUUGCAUGCAGCUGAUGCCUAGCACCUCUGGUUGAAAUGUAAGCUUAUUUAAAAAAACGAAAUGAAGAAAUGUGCUUUCUUUUAAUUAUUAUUUUUUUUCUAAUAUUAUGUUUGUUUGUUUGUUUGUUUGAUUGGUUGGUUUUAUUAUUUCAUUUAAGCUUGCUGUUACAUUUUACACCGUGCCACAGCAUUUUCGGCAUGUAUAUCACUUGUUGUUUGCCCUCCUAAAACAGAUCAUUUCUUUCUUCCCUCAUGUAAAAUCACUGUAUAUAUCACAAACCAAUGUGAGAAAUUAGAAAGCAUAUCAUAUAUAAAUCUAAUAUGGAUGAUAAAGGGAAAGUCUAAGGGGGUUUAGCGUGUACAUAGCCUGUAUUAUACUUUUUUGUUUUUCACUCAGUCAUCGCAUCGACGGUGUAGUCCUUUUCCACUUUCAAGAGACUCAUAAUAACACUGCUUCUGCUACCAAAUGUACUUUGAAUUUGUCAUAGGAUCUUCUUUAAUAAGCCGACUGUUACAUGACUCUCACCGCCUUCCACUCAAACAUUCAUUUCAUUUUUUUUUUAUUACCAAACGAGGAGAGGAGAACUAUGGUUUUAAUAUGCAUUCUGUUUCUAAGUAGAUGACGAGACCCUAUUGAUGUUUAACUAUAACUGUGACCAUGUUGAGAACAUGAAAUAAAACAAUAUACCAUCAAAUUUC